AUGCAUCGACUCUUCCGAGGAGCGGAGGAAUCCAGCGAGGUUGAUGGCAACGUCAAGGAAGAGAUGUGGACGGAUGGUAUUCGAGGUGCUGAAACAAGGAAGGGAGAGCAAGCAUUGGGCGGUUCACCUCUAGGUGAGAGCUGCCCCCUGGACGGAUGCACGCGUAAACCUACCCACGGUGUUAAGGGCAAGAAGGCAGUGUUCUGUGUGUCACAUAUAAUUGCGGGCUCGGUCAAUGUGACCAAGGAGUGCACCGCUGACGGUUGUUUCACGGGUGCGAAGUUCGGCGUGGCGGGCAGCAAGAAGGAAAAGUUUUGUUCGAAACAUGCGCCAAGCGGCGUGGUGAACUUAGCCGUCACGAGUUGCGCUACCGAAGGUUGCUUCAUGGACAUGGUGCAGCAGGCAGCAAGAAGGAAUCCUGCGCGAUGCAUCCAAAGGAGGGGAUGGUCAACAUGAAGUCCAAGAAGCGCAUCCGAGAAGGCUGCGGGAAAGGAGCACUGUUCGGCAUGCCCGGGGAAAAACGAUUGUUCUGCAGCCAGCAUGCUUCACAAGGAAUGAUCAGCUCCAAGCGGAUUUGCAAACAUGAGGGCUGCCUUCAGAGAUCCAUCUAUGGUGUUGCGGGUACCAAGAUGCCGGUGGCCUGCUCUGGGCAUGC